GAACCGCCGUCCUGCCAAUAUGGCCGCCGCUGCAGCCGCAGCUGUAAAUAGGCACGGCUCUGCAGGCAGGAUGGAGAGCAUCAGCAGGCAGAGUCGGGUGGGUCCAGGAGGGGCAGUGAAGGUUCUGGAGUGUGGUGUUUGUGAAGAUGUCUUCACGUUACAAGGGGACAAAGUGCCACGUUUACUGCUGUGUGGCCACACGGUCUGCCAUGACUGCUUGACCCGCCUUCCUCUACAUGGCAGAGCUAUACGCUGCCCAUUUGACCGGCAAGUUACUGAACUAGGAGACUCUGGUGUUUGGGGACUAAAGAAAAACUUUGCUCUACUGGAACUGCUGGAACGACUGCAGAAUGGUGCAAGUGGCCAGAGUGGAUCCACGGAAGAGUCGGUGGGAGGAUAUGGAGAGGUAUUCUCUAGAUGCAUUGGUUCCUGCAAAAAGCAUAGUAUUGUGCGCUGUGAUGAAGACGAGGCCCACGUGGCAUCAGUAUACUGCACUGUGUGUGCAACCCAUCUGUGUGCCGACUGCUCCUUGCACACCCACUCCACAAAGACACUGGCCAAACACAGACGCGUGCCCUUAGCUGACAAACCUUAUGAGAAGACCCUUUGCACCCAACAUCAAGUCCACGCCAUUGAGUUUGUGUGCUUAGCAGAUGGCUGCCAGACCAGCCCCUUGAUGUGCUGCGUCUGCAAAGAGUAUGGCAAACACCAGGGGCACAAGCAUGCUGUUCUGGAAACUGAAGCAAGCCAGAUCCGGGCCUCCAUAUUGGACAUGGCGCAUUGCAUAAGAAGCUUCACAGAAGAGAUCUCGGAGUAUUCCAGAAAACUCACCGGCAUUGUCCAGCAGAUCGAAGGUGGAGAGCAGAUUGUAGAAGACGGGAUUGGAAUGGCCCACACUGAACAUGUCCCUGGCACGGCAGAGAAUGCCCGCUCUUGCGUCCGAGCAUAUUUUUCAGAUCUGCAUGAAACUCUCUGCCGCCAAGAAGAAAUGGCGCUUAGUGUGGUUGAUGCUCAUGUGCGAGAACAGCUCAUCUGGCUGCGACAGCAACAAGAGAACAUGACCAUCCUGCUGUCAGAGGUGUCCACUGCGUGUCUUCACUGUGAGAAGGCCUUGCAGCAGGAUGACUGCCGAGUGGUGCUGGCCAAGCAAGAGAUCACACGACUGCUAGAGACUCUCCAGAAACAGCAGCAGCAGUUCACAGAGUUGGCCGAUCACAUCCAGCUCGAUGCUAGUAUUCCUGUCACUUUCACAAAGGACAACAGAGUUCACAUUGGCCCUAAAAUGGAAAUCCGUGUGGUGACAUUAGGUCUAGACGGAGCAGGAAAAACAACCAUCUUGUUUAAACUAAAACAGGAUGAAUUCAUGCAACCGAUCCCUACAAUUGGUUUUAAUGUUGAAACUGUUGAAUAUAAAAACUUAAAGUUUACAAUAUGGGAUGUUGGCGGCAAACACAAGCUGAGGCCCCUAUGGAAGCAUUAUUACCUUAAUACACAAGCUGUAGUUUUUGUAAUAGACAGCAGUCACCGAGACCGGGUCACUGAGGCUCAUAGUGAACUGGCAAAGCUACUCACUGAAAAGGAACUGCGUGAUGCCCUGCUCUUAAUAUUCGCCAAUAAACAGGAUGUCGCAGGUGCCCUAUCAGUGGAAGAAAUGACAGAGCUCUUGAGCCUUCACAAACUGUGCUGUGGCCGCAGCUGGUAUAUCCAGGGCUGUGACGCCAGGAGUGGCAUGGGGCUAUAUGACGGCCUUGACUGGUUGUCCAGGCAGCUGGUAGCUGCGGGGGUACUGGAUGUCGCUUAAGUAUGAGCAAGUGGUUCAUUUGGUGAAUGUGUUAUUUCAGUAACUCGCUUCUAAGAAAAUGUGGCGCCGUUUCAGCGUACAUUGCGGCUAAUGUCAUACGGACUUCUUAUGUGUCCGUGUAUUUCAAUGUGAACGUCUAUGAAAUAACCAUCAUUACAUUACGUCUUAGAAGCUGAUUCACCUACAUAUAAUGAAUGUUGUUGGGAGUAGACGUCCUGCGGGUCAAAUUAGGAAUGCUGCGGGCGGCGUUCAAAGGACAGGAGGUGGCAGGUUACUUAUAUUUACUUUACAUGUCGGCCGCAUCCUACAGCUGUAGGGGUUUUCUGGUCUCGGUAUAGAAAAGGCUCAUUCUUUUUACAAUAGAAACAAUGUCCAAUAUAUAGACUUUUGUGUUUCAGUUCCUUUCCAUUUUCAGGAUGGAUGCUUGCUGUCUGUGAAUGAAAACACUUGGGACCUGAUUUACAAAGUAAUUUAUGUACCAUGUCAUUUAUGACCGGGCACAGCUCCCUUCAUAAAUGACUUGCCUUCUCCGGGCAGUCUAUGCGCCGGCUUGAAAUCUAUGGCAGCUCGGAGCUGCUGUAGAUUUCGGUCACCGUUGCUAAAAAAAAGACGCAAUGGCAUUUUGCGAAACCUGGUUUUCACCCCUUACCCUGGGUUCACACCUGAGCGUUUUACAGCGCGUUCCUACA